AUGCGCUAUAAUCGUCGACGGCUCGCGUCACUCGGCGUUUGUGUACCACCAGAACACCUCGCGCCUGCUGAGAUCGAGAUUUUGGGUGCGACGGGAGACUUCCCAGGAUGGAGCCUAGCAUCGCCCGAAGAUCCUCUGCCUCUCAUGGGGUUCGAAUAUGCCGCCGAAGUUGCAUUGAGCAAUGAUGAAGACUGGCUCGACAAGGAGGAUCUUACCACGAUUGAGGAUCCGUUGGAAGAGGUUGAACAUAGUCAGAAUAUAGGUGAUAACUACAUCAGCGAACUACUCGAGGUGAGCGAAAGUACUGAUAUUGGAGGAGAUGUCAGCUCGCCAGACGACGUUGUGGAUGAUCGAGACCUGUGGGAUCUCUUCGGGAACACUAACCUCAAGGGACGUAGCAUUGAUCAACUGUUGGGCGAAUGUUCUAUAGAGACCACAGAGGACGCUCCGGAGAAGGCAUCGCUACCCGAGGACAAUGAUACGCGUAAACGCUGUCGCCAAUCUACAGAUCCUACACGUCAACCUGAAGACUCUGAUCUUGAGCUCUUCGGAGGUCUCUCAGGGAGAACUCCACGCAACGUGGCGAAGAAGAGGAGAUUGACAUCAGCGCCGUCUAAUGUCAGUCCGAGUUUCAAUGAGCAAAUGGAAAGCAAAUGGGUGGAUAUCUUUACUCUCAAAAGCCUCAAAUAUUCUGGAAAGAGGUUGGUGAAUGAAUGUUUGGAGGAUUAUCAGCGUUACAGAGCGUCCGAGAUGAGGAGGGCAGCAGCGACUAGUCAGGGCGACGAUUGCCCUAUGUUGUUCAGCGUCUCUUACGCGCGCGCAGAAGUGUGGCUCAAGAAGCAGAUACAGCUAAUGGAGAAUCCACAUGAACGCGGCCUGUUCGAUGAAGGUUGUCAGGCGCGCGAGAGAGAAGUUCAAGCUAUGCUGGACCAUCGCACGUCCUCAACGGCAGCCCGGCUCAACCUCGAAGUUCCACAGGCGAAACCAGUGAUAUCAAAGGGAGUGGUGGAUACGGGACCUCAGCCAGUGGAUGGUAUUCAGCGAUUAUUAGAGCGAUCACAGGGUUCCGCUUGUGUGUCUAGUCGCUACACUUGUCCUUAUUGCGGGAAGCCGUUAACUCGUGGGAAAAACGCUCAUGUCUUUACCGCCCGCGCUUGGAGAUAUGGCGAGUGUCCGGAGGCGCCAAAGGAUCGAACUAAGCGCGCUCGAUCAGAACGGGUGGCUGCAAAGCCUGGUAUGCAAGACCGGAGGGAGCGCGCUGCUGAACGGCUCCGCAUUCUCGGAUUGACAGGAAAUCCAGAUCUAGGGAAGCAAAAGAGAUGCACCGUGUGCACGAUGGCUUGGAGUAAGAGUGAUGGCGACGUUGCGCAUAGUUUCAUUGGGCGAGGUCAGACUUUUUGCCCUUUUGGUGACCCUAUUGAGGUUCUAGAGGGAUACAAAGAAGAACAGAGGGAAAGAAAGAAGGCCACCGAGAAGGCGAAAAGGGAAAGAAGGCGGGCACGCAAAAAUGAACUAAAAAAUGAAGAAAAUUUGAAUUAA